AUUAUAUUUUAAAAUAAUUCAAAGUAUUGAAGGAAAGCUAUUUUAUAAAAACAUUAAAUUCUGGCCUCUCUGGUAUCCUACAUUAUCCGCAAAGGGCGAGAAGCCGCGACGUCGUUUUCAGACACGGCUUCGAUAGUGAAGCAACGAUUCAAUAGUUGACAAGUGGUUUUGGUUUGAUAUAUAGAUGUGGUGCGCGUCGUGUUGUUCGAAGGAAGUGAAGUAAAGACUAAAGAGAGUUGUGGUGUGGUGGUGGUUGUCGUUUUUGAAAUGGCAGCGUCGUCGUCAGAGAAGCAAGUGGUGGUGAUAGGCAUAGACGACAGCGAGCAGAGCACGUACGCGUUGAAUUGGGCUCUGGAUAACUUUUUCCCGAGCCCAAUUUUCAAGCUCGUUCUCAUCCACUCCAGGCCCACCGCCACCUCCGCUGUGGGCUUCGCCGGCCCUGGAGCCGCUGAGGUCUUGCCUAUUGUAGAUUCCGAUUUGAGAAAGAUUGGCGCCAGAGUCCUCGAAACCGCUAAACAACUUUGCAUCAACAAAUCCGUAAAUGAUGUGACAGCAGAAGUGGUGGAAGGUGAUCCUAGAAAUGUUCUUUGUGAUGCUGUAGAUAAGUACCGUGCUGCAAUGUUGGUUGUGGGUAGUCAUGGUUAUGGGGCUAUAAAAAGGGCGGUUUUAGGUAGUGUCAGUGACUAUUGUGCUCAUCAUGCUCACUGCACUGUGAUGAUCGUGAAGAAGCCAAAAAUCAAACACUGAUCUGUAAUGGCUGCGUCUAUAUAGUACAACAAUAAACAUAAUCCUUUCAGCCAAAGAAGAGAGAAAGAAAAUAAUGUUCACAGAAAUUCGUAGCUAUGCUUGUUGUAUGGAUAUGGCUUAUUGACUUUAUGGUUUGAUACGUUGAGGCACAGUUUAUUUUUAAAGAUGGAACCAUCAGAAAAUAUGUACGUAUCAGGACUUUACCUUACAUUGUACACGAAAAGUUCUUGAACUGAUGAGUUCAAUUCCAUUACUGCUCUUUUCAUCCUUAAUAAAAUAAAAUAGUAAAAAAAUAUUGUACUAGUUUAUUGCAAUGCACUACUAGCCUGAACAAUUUCUAGUUA